AUGUCCUCUGUCAUACUAGACAGUGAAGCAUCAUUCCGUGAAAGAUGCAGUAAAAUAGGCCUCAGCAACGAUCUUCUGAGUCGUUUGAUUGAUGCUGGAUACAACACAUUUGGAAAACUGGCUUUCGCCGCAUCGGCGACGCCGCAGGGCCUAACAGACGAAGCUGUCGAUGCGUGGCUAUCCACAGUAGUCACCCCGGCACCCAGCUCCUUUCAGGUCUCGGUGAUUCGUAGGCUGCUUUUCGAGUCGCAAUCACUCAAUGUGGCGGACCUCAAAUCUAGGGUCGAAGGCACGCCGGAAGGCUCAGUGCGACGUCUGCCCCAAGCCGAGAGAAAGGAGCGCAUUGAGGCGCAGCAUCGUAGGCUGUCGGGUCUCAUUCUAACUUCUCAUGCCACACCGGCCCAUAGCUGUAUCGACCUUGUGACUGACAUGUACGAGAAUAAUACACUCAAGUACAUUCCGAUCAACCGAUGGAUAUCCCGCUUCCAAGAGAUGUCUCUCCAGAAGAAGGAUUCUGCCGUUCAGAUGGACAACGAGGGCAACCUAAAGGUGAUUCAGAAGAAGCCGGAGCCGACGUGCGACACCACAGGCAUGUACCCUCUCCGGCAGGCUUUUCAGAGACGGUCACUAGCAUUUGAUCUGGGUCACUUGUGCAGCUUUGAAGCUAUGGAAACUUGGAUCAACAAGCUCUUCGAAGCCGUUCAGCGUACUGUGCCGAAGGGAUAUGUGGCAGUUAGCUUGGGGCAAGUUGUUACGGCAGAUCGUGAGCUUUUUGUUCGGUUGGCCGACAUGCUUGAAGGACAAUUGCAGAAACCCAUAGGUGUUGAGAAACCCAUGGAUGCAGCUUUGCGCGAUCUAUCGGGUAGCCAGGAGAUAACUCAGUUUCUUCAGCCGCUUGUAGCUCCUCCUGCACCUCACCCCACGAAGCGCCCUUUCAAGGAGCUUGCCACGCCUAACAAAGGUGACGGAAAGGGCAAGACAUCCACCAAGGGCGGUGAAAAGGGCGGUGGCAAGGCACCCCGUGUAACCAUUCCGGAUGGCUCUGCGGCCAAAGAUCAUCAGGGCAAGCCGAAUUGUUUUGGGUUUAACUUGGGCACAUGCAAGCUCAAGGGGCCUGACCUCGUGGCCACUUCGGACCCUGCCCCUAGUGAUGCUGAAGCCCUCGCGCAGGCCAUUUUGGCCAGAGGGUCAGGGAUUACUAAGCGAGAUGUUGUUCAGAUUUUCGAUCUUUUGCCCAAGGAAAUUCCUUCUAGAGGAGCCUCCUCGCAGCCUCCUAGCGUCCUAGCAGUUUCAGUUGUGGGGCAUACGCAAAGGGUGGAUUACAGGGUCUUCGGAGGAGGUGGCAUCUGGAUUGCAGAUGGAUGCGGACCUCACACACGGUCAAUCAAAGGUGACAUCGUAAAAGGCUCAAUGCUUAGCCUCGAGUCCCCUGUCACUUUCGAUGCCUUCAAAUACCCUCACGAGACUGAAAGCUGGGUUGGCGAUCGAUUGGUUUGCGUGGCCUUCACUGAACAGCCGCCUGUGAAAUCAGACUCCUGGGUUUACGAGCUUUUCGCUGGCAGUGCCCGUUUCAGCAAGGAAAUCUUUUGGGAUCUCAUCAAGGAGUGCCCUCCUUUUCACUUGCAUGCAUCGCCCCCUGCGGGCCUGCCGUCAUUGAGUGCCGCGUCUCAGCAGAGCCUUUCGGUGCGUAAAGACAACGUCCUGUACCGCUUCGUCUACAAGCUUCUCCUUCAUUGUUCUGCUUCGGGCAUCAAUGUCAGCGUUGAGAAUCCUCGGACUUCGUUGUUCUGGAAGGUUCUUCAAUGCUUUGCUGAGGCCGACGGCUUGCUUUGGCCUCCCGCUGCCCUGGAAUACGUUGAUUUCGACCAGUGUUGUCAUGGUUCCGAUCGACCGAAGUCAACUCGUUUCUUGUGCACUCGAGGCUUGUUCACCUCGCUUCGAGCUACUUGCCCAGGCAAUCACGAACACCGCCCGUGGGGCCUCGUGUUCCAUGAGCGUUCUAUGCAGCUGUCAUCUUCUCUUGUGUCGGCUUACCCAGUUCUGCUUUGCAAGCGUAUGGCCUCCUGUCUGGAGAGCGCGGCUUCUUUCAUGGGUUUGUCUUUGCAAGCAUCUCCUGACUUGGCAGCCAGCUCCGUUGCUGUUCUCGGUCGGCAGCAUCGCCGCUUCCCUCCUUUGAUUCCUGAGUUCCGCAAGGUCACGUGGGAGCCGCCCUCUUUCCAGCCUGACGAUUCUUGUCGCAUCCUUCUCUCUCAGGCUGCUGGGGAGGAUAGCGGGAGAGAGAAGGCAGCCGAAGACAGCCAUGCAGUUGACAAUGAUCAUGUUGCAAAGGCCUUGACGCUAAAGCAUCCCGUCGACACUGCCGUAGCCCUUGACCAGGAUCAGCUCGAUGCAAUCAGCUUCUGCAUGAAAAACACUGAGAAAGAGGUGGUCGAUCAUCGAAAGCUUCAGCUUCUGAAAAUAAAGAUUCUUGCCAAAAAGUUCGAGGCCGACGAAGCUCGAUUACAUUCUUCGUUCGACCCCUGGUUCGAAAAGGUUGUGGCGGGAAAGCGUCUUCUUCUGUGGAAGCAUCUUCUUGAGCAGAACGGUUUUGACGACAUGCAAGUUUGCGACUUCAUGAUGUCAGGCGUCCCGAUUGUAGGGCAGUCAGCCUGCCCUCAGCCGUUCAACCGAAAGAUUGUGCCGGCUACCAUGUCGGAACAGGAUCUCAAGGGCACGGCUUCGUUCCGCCGAAAGGUGAUGCUUGGGUCCAGUGGCACGCAGGCGGCCGACCUUCAAGAGUUACUGUCGAAGGCUACCAUGGACGAAGUCGAUCUGGGCUUCCUGGAAGGCCCUUACACCGAAAGCCAAGUGUCUUCUUUCUUUCACUCAGACGAUUGGAACUGCAUACGAUCGUUCCUAAUCCUUCAAGGAGCCGAGAACAAACCUAGACCCAUUGAUGACGGGCACGAGGCUUUGAUCAACAACUGCUUUACGGCCACCAUCAAGUUGGAGCUCCAGAGUUCCGACUUCGUUGCAGCUCUAGCGGCAAGAAUUGCCAUCGAGGAGGCCGAGAGAUCACGCGCCACGGGCGAGCCCCCUCGGUCGUGGUUGGGCAAGUGCCUUGACUUGUCGAAGGCGUACAAGCAGAUGCCAAUGAAGAAGGAGCACCGCUCUCUUGCUGUGAUCUACCACAAAGGCCCUUCUGGCGAGGAUCAAUUUUUCAUUGCAAAUUCGCUGCUCUUCGGUCUUACUGCUUCGGUUUAUGGGUUCGUGCGAACGAGCAGAAGCCUUCACAAACUGCUGCUGAAGAUAUUCAAGCUGCCCAGCUCAGUGUACUUUGAUGACUACCCGAUGUUUUCGACAUCGCUUUCUUCCAGUGACACUGAUGGCAUCAUCAGCGAAUUCUUAGACAUUCUGGGCUGGGGCCACGCCAAGACAGGCAGCAAAUCACAUCCUUUCGCGGAGGUUUUCUCCGUCUUGGGAAUGCAGAUUGACUUGAGCAACUUGUCGAAGAGAAGCAUCGUCCUCUCGAACAAACCUGGCAGGAUCGAUCGGAUCGUGGAGAAGCUUGAAUCUGUGGCUGCUUCUGGUUUCCUUACGGUUCAUCAGGCUCAGAUUUUGCUGGGCUUGCUCAACUUUUCAUCUGGUUUCUUUGCCGGUCGUGCCCUCAAGCAUUCGUGCAAAUGGCUAUCUGGCUUUCUGGCUGGAGACAGGCCUUCGCCAAAGACCGUCAGCGAGAUGUGCAAGCACACGAUCAAAAUUCUUGUGAGCACGCCGCCCCGCUUCAUAAGCUGCGAUUCGACCGGAGAGCCUCCUAUCCUGGUGUGGACUGAUGGAGCUUGGGAGCCUGCCAAAGCCUUCGCCGGGAUCGGUGCAGUGAUUCUUGAUGCGAGCAGCGGAGUUUCCAGAGUUUUCCAAGGACAGGUCCCUGAGCGCCUAGUGGUUCGCUGGCGAGAGGAGGUCGGGGAACAAAUCAUCUGUGAGGUAGAGCUGUAUGCCCUCUUGAUGAUCAGGGCCUGCCUUCAGAAUUUUCUUUCAGGAAAGAGAAUCAUAUUCUUCAUUGACAACGAUGCCGCUAGAUCUGUGGUAUUGCGUGGUCAAAGCAGAAGUGACGCGAUGCAUCGCUUGGCCAUGGCCUUGUCUAUGGUCGAGGCCGUCGCCCCUUGCAUCUCGUGGAUAGAGAGGGUGCCAUCCUCUUCGAACAUCGCCGACUGGCCCUCUAGGGGCGAAGGUUGGAAAGCACAGAAGGUCGUUCGUGCGGCAGAGGUGGAGCCUUACUUUGUUGAUCAAUCUUUGAUUGACGCCUACCUGCUCUGA